AUGGCGGGCGCAAGUCGCCGGGGCCAAUACCCUCAGGGUUCCUCCUCAGCCACGGGCUAUGCACGAGGAUCUGAAGCGUACAACGUCAAUGGCAGUAAUGCCAGUACCAACAACCACAACCCCGCCCCCAACCCCGCCCUCGGAGUGUAUUCUCAGCAUAAUCUUAACUCAGGCUAUGCCAACUCUCACUCUCAGACGCGAUGGGGCGCAUCGCCUGCUUCUGUGCCCCAAAGGCCUGGUAUGAUGCCCUUCCAGGAGUCUUUUGGCUACAACCGACAAGGGCUAAUUAGUCGACCAGCCCUCCAGUUCAAGCCGAGUCCUUUCUACCGCGUGGAUCAGUUGAUCGGGAGCGUGAGAACUCUCGAAAUCAUGACUCAGCAUCGUAACUCUAACACAAUCACGCUCAAGACGAGUGAACAUCCCGCGCUACACAAUUGUGUGGCCGAAAAGACUAUGCGUGUCAUGGUCUUUUGCGCUGCCGAUGACCGAGGUCUGCAAGAUAUUGCCUUUCCGCAUCAGUCGGAGCUCAAGGUCAAUGGCGGCGAGAUCAAGGCCAAUCUCCGAGGUCUGAAGGGCAAGGCAGGGUCUACUAGGCCCGUGGACAUCACAGAUGCCUUGCGUCUUGAUAAGACCUCAUAUGUGAACAACAUCGAGUUUACAUAUGCCUUGACGAAUAAGAAAUUCUACCUCGCACUUUUCUUGUGCAAGCUUUCACCCGUCGAAGACCUGGUCACAAAGAUCAAGACCAAGAAGAUCCCCAAGGCCUCGGUCCUUAAGGAGCGCGCCAAGGCUGCCAACGAUCCUGACGUAGUCGCAACAUCAGAAGUUCUGUCACUCAAGUGCCCCCUAACGUACGGAAGACUGAAGGACCCUUGUCGUUCGACUACCUGCAGCCACAUCCAGUGUUUUGAUGUCACGUCAUAUCUCUACCUGCAAGAACAGGGUCCUCAGUGGUUAUGUCCCAUCUGCAACAAGCCCGCAGCGUUUGAGAAUCUUGCCAUUGAUGAGUACGUCAAGGACAUUCUAGACAGAACUCACGAGGACACUGAGCAGGUAACCAUUGAGCCCAACGGAGAGUGGCGAACAGAGGGUCGGUCAGAGCCUGAGCCAAAGCGAGCAAGACACUCGGGUGCACACACAAUCGCCAGCAUUAAGGUAGAUGACGAUGAUGAUGUAGUGGCACUAGACGACUACAGCCCACCGGCCAACCAACGCAUAAAGACACCUUCUCAGUCCAUGAACGGCACCCCCUCAAACAAUGCACACGCCAAUGGAUCGACAUCAACACCUAGUGGCUCUCGGAAGAGAACGGCCGAGGUUAUUGACCUGACUCUGAGCAGUGACGACGACGAGCCGAUUAGACCGCAACCGAAGCGCCAGAAUCAGAACACAGGCGGCAUGUCUACGGCGGUACCAGACUGGGCCUAUCCCCCUUUUCACACUUGA